AUGACGGUCCACGAGAAGAAAGUCCAGCCAGAAAGGAACCAGCCUGCUCGGACUCCUUUGCCAGUAUACUCUAUGCUUCCGAGCGUCUUGCAAAGUAGCCUGCAACCGCUGGUUUUGGUCCGAAGAAGCCUCACAGACUACGGCCUUCGAUCACGGAGAAGAGUCACCAGCCUAGACACGUACCGCAGCGAAAGUGAACAUACACAGGUGGUCCCAGAUAAGAUGGCCGUAGCAGGCGAAUGCACGGCAGACAGCGCAGAGGUCCCAGGCAUAAGCUGGAAGUUUGCCCGCCAUGGCUCGAAUACACUUCAGACUUCACUUGCAGAAUCUCAGACCUCAGACGCUCAAAGCCAGGCUUUCUCCCGCCAGCUUUACCUUGACGCCAUGGCAUACCUAAUCCAAGGCCUUCCUUCCGAUCUCUCGGACCAAGAAACGCUUCACCUGAAAAACGCUCUACCAGACUCCCUGAAAGACUCGACUCCUCCCGAGACAACUCAAUCUAGGCAUCGAAAUCCCUCACUCCUCCAUCGCAGCCUCGCUUCCACAAUCAUAGCCAUAUGCCUACUACUUCGUCUGGCACUUCCUUAUAUCAAGCUCUUCAUUGCAGCUGCCUCCAGCUACGAUCGCACACACCAUGUCAGGGAGAGAGUAUUUGCCUUCAGCGUCACUGCUGCAGAUUUAUUUGGAAGGAGGAGCAUGGCAUUGGCCAGUACAGCUAUGACCAAUGAAGUCGUCUGGGGAGCAGUGAAAUAUUGGGUGGAUGGAAUACGUGGUGGGUUGAACGAAGGGCUCGGCGAGGGAUUGAAGGUCAUUGAAGCUCAAAACGAACCUUGA